UGUGACCUUUUUUUGCUACCAGGAAACGAAUGUAAACAUAGCAAUCGGAAGAGAAACGCGAAUGCAUUCGCAUAAUUCUACAAAAAAUCUCUCGAUGCUGGGUGCUAAAUACGAUUUUGCAGCACUGGGCGAAAUGGGGUUAGCUGGAAUAUAUGAUUGCCAAUUCUAGGAAAGGUUUAACGCAGUAGCUAGGACUGAGGCAGGCUAAUCGCUCGAUAAACCGACACACAUCCACUUCGGGGUGCAGAGAAUUUGCAACAAGCGGAUGACAUGUCGGCAGACUGUUCUUCUGCCAACCAGGAAGAACCUAAUGCUGUUGUUGGAAACAUAUUGGUGCAGUUCACAUAGGUCCAGGCAUGUUUGCCAUAAGGGCACCUGAGGAGGAGUCCUCAGAGAUGGUGGAGGAGAUGGACACGUCAGAGGCUGUCUGGUGCUGGUAUUACCUCGCUGAAUGUGGAGUGUGGCACAUGUUUGAGAUUGAUCCAAGUGCUGCAUGCUCUGUGACCAGUGAGCAGAUAGAACAGAAUUACAGCAGGAAUCAACACGGUGUCAUGGAGUUUUACACCGCCAAGUACACCUACAGACUGGACUUCUCAGUCAUGAAGCAGAUCAAUGUCACAACCGGGAAACAACGGCCAAUCAAACGGGCAUUCCACUCUGCCACUGGCUUUAGGUUCAUUUGUGAUAAUCUGGCCCUGCCGGUGCCCUGCCACUGGGAGAGAAUAAAUACAGACGAGCCUUAUCAGCUCGUCUCAUUGGCCAGAGAUACUUAUGAAUUCAAGGAAGUGGUCAGACUCUAUGAAAGGACCAUGUGUCACCCUAUCAAAUCUAUUCAGAGGAUACAGAACCUGGAUCUGUGGGAGUUCUUUUGCAGGAAAAAACAACAAUUGCGCAAGAUAAAGCGAGUUGUGGACAUUGAGGAGAAAAUGUUAUUUCAUGGCACAGGCCACAGCAACGUGCAGGCUAUAUGCACAUAUAACUUUGACUGGAGGCUAACUGGGAGCCAUGGGGACGUCUAUGGCAGAGGGAGUUAUUUUGCCCGAGACGCCAAGUAUUCUAGCAAAUUCUGCCUUACGACGGGGAAACAUAACUUUGCCUUGCAGAAGCACGGACUAGCCCCGCCGAUAUUUUCAAGCGAGCCUCCAUAUAAGACCAUGUUCCUGGCCAGAGUGCUGGUCGGCGAGUCCACGUUAGGCAAUCCGCUGUUCUGCCGACCGCCAUCCAAGGACAUGAGCUACAGCAACUUCUUUGACAGCUGUGUGGACGACCUCGCCAACCCAAAGAUCUACGUCAUCUUCGACUGCAACCAGAUUUACCCAGAGUAUCUCAUUGAGUUCUACUGACGCCUAUGGGGUGAUCAGGGACGUUAUCACACAAUGUAUAGGGGGUGGAUUUUUUUUACCAGGACGGGAUUGGGAUUCAGAAACAUCAGGGGAGGGGGUCAAGAGAGGAGGGACUCAAUGGACGGCCAUGAUGACUUCCCGCUGUUUGAUUCAAGGCCUGACUGGGACUUGGAUCAUAAGAUGUGCCUUAAUGGAUUACUAUGGCAGAACAAGGAAGACCAUACAAGAAGACUAUGUUUCUAUAAAAGCUGUAGAGUUCGUAAAGAGUGGUUUGUCUAUUUACUGUGUUUAGAGACUUGUGGGUCGGAGAGGGCGAGAGUUGGCGUAUUUGAAAAACAGAAAAGUAACUGCACACUGUUUGAGUGUUCCCGAAAUGGAUUAGCAAUGUUUCAAGGCAGGAUCACCUUGUGUUGUCGAAACGUUGCGGAUACGUUUCGGGAGCGUUCUAACAGUGUGCAGGUAUUCUUUUUUUCUUUUCCUUUGACUGUUUAGGUCCAACAUGACCAUAGUCAAGCAAAGCUAAAAAGUGCAACACACUUCUAAUGAGGAUGUAGACUGAAUAACUACUUUGGUGACCAGGAUGCAAUAACUCACUAUUACAAGUGAAGUCGCCAACAUAAAGUAAACAAAUGUUUGACUUGCCCUACUCCUGUAUACAAGGACCUGAUUUCAUAGAUAGACAUUGAAUAAGUAGGUGUAUCCAAACGUUUGACUGGAACUGUGUAUAAGGGAUAUAUUCAUUGUAACUGUACAGUAAUCUGCUCUUGUAAUAUUUUCUACAUUGUAGAAUAAUAGUGAAGACAUCAAAUCUAUGAAAUAACACAUAUGGAAUCAUGUAGUAACCAAAUAAGUGUUAGAAGAAUCUAAAAUAUAUUUUGAUUUGUUUAAGUAGCCACCCUUUGCCUUGAUGACAGUUUUGCACACUUUUGGCAUUCUCUCAACCAGCUUCAUGAGGAAUCAUUUUCCAACAGUCUUGAAGGAGUUCCCACAUAUGCUGAGCACUUGUUGGCUGCUUUUCCUUCACUCUGUGGUCCAACUCAUCCCAAACCAUCUCCAUUGGGUUGAGGUUGGGUGAUUGUGGAGGCCAGGUCACCUGAUGCAGCACUCUAUCACUCUCCUUCUUGGUCAAAUAGCCCUUAUACAGUCAUUGUCCUGUUAAAAACAAAUGAUCGUCCCACUAAGCGCAAACCAGAUGGGAUGGUGUAUCGCUGCAGAAUGCUGUGGUAGCCAUGCUGGUUAAGUGUGCCUUGAAUUCCUAAAUAAAUCACAGACCGUGUCACCAGGAAUGCACCAUCACACCUCCUCCUCCAUGCUUCACGGUGGGAACCACACAUGCGGAGAUCAUCCGUUCACCUACUCUGUCUCACAAAGACACAGCGGUUGUAACAAAAAUGUGGACUAAAAUUUGGACUCAUCAGACCAAAGGACAGAUUUCCACCGGUCUAAUGGAAACCGGUGGAAUUGCUCAUGUUUCUUGGCCCAAGCAAGUCUCUUCUUCUUAUUGGUGUCCUUUAGUACUGUUUUUUUUGCAGAACUCUGAGAGGCAUUUAUUUGGGCUGCAAUUUCUGAGGCUGGUAACUAAUGAACUUAUCCUCUGCAGCAGAGGUAACUCUGGGUCUUCCAUUCCUGUGGCGGUCCUCAUGAGAGCCAGUUUCUUCAGAGCGCUUGAUGGUUUUUGUGACUGCACUUGAAGAAACUUUAAAAGUUCAUCAUGUCUUAAAGUAAUGAUGGACUAUCGUUUCUCGUUGCUUAUUUGAGCUGUUUAUGCCAUAAUAUGGACUUGUCACAACACAACUGAUUGUCUCAAAUGCGUUAAGAAGGAAUUAAAUUCCACAAAUUAACUUUUAACAAGGCACACCUGUUCAUUGAAAUGCAUUCCAGGUGACAACCUCAUGAAACUGGUUGAAAAGGAUUCCUCAUGAAGCUGGUUGAGAGAAUGCCAAAAGUGUGCAAAGCUGUCAUCAAGGCAAGGGGUGGCUACUUUGAAGAAUCUCAAUUAUAAAAUAUAUUUGGAUUUGUUUAACACUUAUUUGGUUACUGCAUCAUUCCAUAUGUGUUAUUUCAUAAUUUUGAGGUCUUCACUAUUAUUCUUCAAUGUAGAAAAUAGUAAAAAUAAAGAAAAACCCUCGAAUGAGUAGAUGUAUCCAAACUUUUGGCUGGUACUGUAUAUAUAAUAAAUAUAGUUACCAAAGAAAUUGGAAUUCUAGGAAAACUCGAUAGAUUUCACAUAGAGUUGCUCCAAUUCUAACUGAACAGACAAUGCAAACACUGCAAUUGUACUAUCACAUCAUAUCAUGCAUGAGGCUUAUAGUCAGCUCGUCUCUGUGUACUGUACUGUUGCAGAUGCAUUUUCUAAAUGAAAGCUAGGUUAUUGGCCUAGCUAGUGUUGCUAAGCUAAGAAACUGGAUGAAUCUCUUUGGGGACCGUUUGUGCAAGUCAAGUGAUUGAUUGCCUGAGUUAAUUGAGGCCAAGAUGGCUUUUAAAGGCCAAUAUGUCUUAAAAUCUACUGCUUUCUCCUUCACCGCUAUUGGUACCACGAUCUGACAAUGCAGUAGGCUACCUGUAUAUGUGUGCUGUAUGUAGUUGAUAUAUGCAUGAUAAGCACUCUCUUACCCCUUAAACAAUCUACCUCCCUCAUUCUGCACAUUGUACAUUGUUCAAGAAGGAAAUACCCCCAUGAAGAUUUUCUUGAGCUGAAUUAAAAUGGUCUUUCCUCUUAAUGAGAGGGUGUCAAACUAUGUCAUAAUGACAGUAUUUUCGUGUUCAUUUAAAGUCAUGAAAUGUUGGUCAGUACUUCAUGUCCUCUGCUUUGAUGUAUAAACUUGAUAUGGGCUUGAUUUAGGCCUACUGUUGUAAUACACUGUAAAUAAACAAAAAUGUUAUAUGUGUAUGUUUA